AUGGCGAUAUCUGGAACCACCUCGGCCCUCGUCGCCGCCUUCGCCUUUGGCAUCGUUGUCAACGCGGCAUCGGCGGCCCUAUUUCUCAAUGUCAGGGGCCAUGGCUCGUCGAUCUUUCGGGACGGCAAGAGGCUGGUCCUCGCUAUUUUUCUAUUCAGCGCCGCCACUUGGGCCCAAGUUGGCUUCAUUACAACUCUAAUAGAUCCGUCCGCCGAGAAUUCGUGCCAGAUCGCCAUCAUCUUCACCACUAUUUUUGACCAACUCGCCCGAUAUUCGAUUGAACAACAUUCUCUCUGGGUUAUAAACGAUGGGACUCAGGCGUCGGCCGGCCAGAUCAUCCCGCAGGUCUUGCUGGGCGUCCGGUUCGUCCUGGGGGCCGUUUUCGUCGGCCUUUCAAGACCGCAGUUCAACACCGUUUGUGUGCCGGUCUCAUCUGUUCUCGCCCUUGCCAUCGCAUUAGUAGUGGUGGAUGCGGUGAUUGUCGCGAUUUUGGCCGGCCGGGCCAUUUCUGUCGGGCUGAUCAAGAAAAUGCAAGACGGUGGCCCUGACUCGGCCCGAAGCAAGGCUGUUGUUGCGUCGCUCAUUGGUCUGACAAUAUGGAUGGCGACGAGUGUAGCCAUGCUGCUUGGCAUAUUCACUACCGACUACAUAUUCAGAAGCACCGUCCCGGCUGGUGGUCUCACCAUCCUGCUAAUUAUUGUAACUGCGAGCACAAGCGCGUUCGGAGACCAGAAGCCGAGGGAUAGAGACCGGAACGUACCAGAGGCACCGUCACCGAGACAGAUUGUAACUGCACGGUCCAUCUCCACUUCAGCCUCCAACGAGUACCCGCCGAGUCGAUACGAAGACCUCAAAAACGAGCAGAUUACUUCCAGCACCGCAUUCGUCCAGCCGAGGGAAGUACCGUUUCCAAACCAGGGCUUGCCGAGCAUCACAAACCCCGGGAUGUCAGGACAGGGCAUGGGUGGAGUUCCAGUUCAGGGCCAGUUGUUCCCUCCGAUGCGGUCGGUCCCGGCACCCGUCAACCCUCGUGAGGGAAAGCAGCAGGAGAGGCUACCGAACAAGCCCAGGACGCUGUUUUCGAACGCUGGUGCGGGGCCAGCGAAGACGAUCACGGUCGGGAAACUGGCUAUAUCAGCUCCUGUCCUUCAGGAGGGCGGCUCGAAUCCAUUGGACAAGGUAGCCACAACCGAUCUUGACACGGCAGCAAGGAAAGAGAAAGAGAGGAGAGCACUCCUGGCGAGCCAGAGCCAAAGCUCGUCGGCUGUUCGGAACGAGGCCGCUGCUACGGCCAUCGAGCCGGCGCAGGGCGUUUUGCGGGCCACGAGUACCGUUCGAAAGGAAGUGGUUGGGCAGGCGUCUUUGCCCGCUUUGCCCGAUGGCGCCACAUCAGCGACAGGCGUCACGACCGGUUCUCAACUUUCGCCCGGCGGUGAGGAACUCCGGAGAAGAUCGCCGAGGCAUGCGCCAUCGACUUCGCAGACCUCGGCACAAUCGGUGGCCAUCUCAGCGACCAGCCGGCCACCUUCUCCCCCACAAAAGUCGGCAGCCCGGGCUCUGCCUAAGAAUCAAGAUGUUAUUAUCAGGACAGAUAUCCCUCCGUCUCGGCAACUACCUCCGUCCCCCGAGACCACAGCCCCUGAACCAGCAAAGACGCCUCUGCAGAGACGACCAACGAAUGGCCUCCCUGGGAACCCGAGGGCAAUGUCUGUAAGGAGGCCGCCAGGUGAAUCUGGGCCUCAAGGUGAAUCUGGACCUCAGAGGCAACAAACUGUCAUGUUCGUCAACAACAUCAUAUAUGACGACCCGAAUUACGUCGAAAGCGUCAUAGGAGAUGCCAAGGAGCGCGGCCCGAAGACGGCUGUCCCGCCGCCUAUCAACACAGCAUCUGCGAGCCCGCCAACAACGCCUGUGAUUCCGGAGACACCUGGCACCUCAGGGUCAAUUGUUCACCGCCCGAGACCAAUCCCAAGAAGAAGCAAUACAUCAGGCAUGGAUACGUACUUCCCUCCAAUCGCGCCGCCAAAGGGCCACAGGAAAUCGAAGUCUGCUGGGUCUAUCCGCACCGUGAAAUCUAUGCUGCAGACUGUGCCAGGCAGCCCGACAAAUCUUCCUCCCCUACCUCUGCCUCCUUCGCAACAAAUCCCAAGCUACGCUACUCGGCCGAAGCCCAAUGACACGAAGAGCAUGACGUACGAUGAGAAAAUGACCCUGCUUUUCCCACAGCCACCGAACGCAGAGGGGAGUGCACGCAGAAGAUCAUCAGUGCCAUCAUUGCCUGGGAUGCCUGUCUCGUUCAUAAGUAGCUCACCGACACUCACAGAUAACCUUGGCUACAAUAACCAAUAUCGAGAUUCCAAGAGGACAACGACGUCGGUGCAGACAAGGAGCCUGUUUGAGGAGCCAGAGGAGGCAUCCCAACGAGAAGUGUCCAUGGAGGCGGGCCGUGACCGACCGAGUGCCACGGCAUAUCACAGUCUUCUAUCAGAGGCUGGCCAAGACGUUAUGGGCGAGGAGUACCCGGUGGAUGAGAAGAAGCAGUCCAUGGCAACGACAGGAAAUGGCAAGCGAGCUUCGUCGCCGAUUUUGCCCGCCCGAUUUAGUAUCAAGACAGCGACAACGACGGAUAACACCACCACGGACGAUGCAACUACGGAAUGGGGCACGGUCCAUUCUCCGGCACCAGUUCAGCAGAUAGGCUUGACAGUUCACCAAGCCCGGGCCAUCGAGGUUGGGAAGGCGGACAAAACCCCUGGCCAAGACCAGAGGGCCGUUUCGGCGAUGACCAAUAGCGAGGAGAUGGUUUUUAUGCUCGACGCGUCCGUGGCGAGGGACUUGCAGCCUAAGGGCAAGGCGCCUGCAAAUGUAGAGGAGGAAAGCCCGGUGGCGUCAAGAGCGUCUUCUGGUCAAUUCUAUCGGCGGGUUGGAGACGAGACCCUCAGUUUCUCUUCGCGACCCGAUAAGACGCGGUCGAGAAGAGGCCCACCACCAGUUCCUCUGGUGCUGAGCGACCGACCGACGACAGCCAAGCAAGCGGUCCUCGUCAAAGCUGCCGAACCAUCGCCUCUCCCGUCCCCGGAGGAGGCCCUCUUGAUGAUUCAAGCACAGCUGAAGAAGUACGAGCAGCCUGGCCCGGGCGCGGCCGACAGCCCCGGGCACGGUCGACUAGCGCUUUUGAAUGACUUGGAGGCAGAGAUGGGCCAGCAAGAGACGAGGUGGCAUGGCAUGCAGCACGACCUUUCGCGAGAUUCGUUCUCCACCGUCUCGCCCACCGCGCAGUCCCGCCGCAAUUCUGAAGCUGCCCCCACGUCGCCGGCUGAGGCUCUAUCCAGGAACUCUUCAACCAAAUCCAAGGAGAGCAUCGCUGCAGACCGAAGAGCAUCACGCCGGGCACGUAUGGGUAGCAUCUCGUCGACGCGCUCUUCGUCGCGUGAGAGCGACGACAGCAGGAAUCGAGCGAGUCUUUGGCAGCGGAGGCUGGCAGAGGCACAGAUGGAGUACAUGGAGAACGCUAACGAGCUCAUUCGCAAGCGUAGUCUGAACUUCCUCUCCGUGGCCAAGGCCGACUUGGGCAGUCCGACGCCCCCGGACUCGGAUGAGUCGGAAGGAGAGAUCGAAUCCAGGCGCAAUCUGGCAGCUCUCCUCGAGGCCCGUGCUAAGCAUCAGGCGGUCGAGAAGGAGCGGUCUGCUGGGGCCGCACAACUUCUCUGGACACCUCGUCGGGAGCCCAAGGCUGAGAGCGGCUUUAUGUGGGUUCGGCCACAGCGACCGUACGAGCAACAUUUGCCGUGUCAGGAGCCCCCCCUGCCUGGACUCUCCGUCCGCCCAGCUCAGAGGAAAGAGAGUUCCACGCUGCCCAUCGAGUCCUCACAGCUUUGGCAGAAGCCGACUUCACUCGGCGGGACCGACCUUUCCGGCCUCUGGAGGUCUCCAGCCGAAGUGCAGGCGCUGAAAGAAACAUCUCAAGCGACCAGUUCUGCAAGGCGUCAGGCUCCCAGCUACUACAACCCCGGCAUUCAGCGCUCCCGGUCCGCCUCCGGAUCCCGCCCGCUGACGCAACGACCACCGCGUCGAAGCAAGCGGAUCACAGCGCUGCCAGACAUUGUCGAGGAUCCUCAGCCACUCCCGGACAAGCGAGGAACUCUUGGUAUCUUCCAGUUUCCCUGGGGAGAGAAGUCUGACAUUGCCUCCGUGCAACCUCGCCCGUCACUCUUCAUGGCGAUGCCAGGCACCAUGUCCACCGGUGGCAGGAACGUCAACAUGGCUCUAGACGCGAGGGCCAGGCAAAUCGAGUCGGAUGAGUACUCUUCAUCCUUCUUUGAUGACUAUGACGAAGACGCAGAAGAUCGAAGCGACUCCUCGAGCGACAUGGGAUCGGACAGUGACGACGGAUUUGAUGAAUCCACGUUGUGGGAAAUCGCAAGCUUGCUCAAGACUGAUCAAAUCCCAUCCACCAACAGCCUGUUCCCGCCGCCGGAUGAUGCCACAAGCUAUGUGGUCGAUGACUACGCGGAUGACGAGGAGGCUGCUCGGAUUGCUCGUCAGACGAUCCUUGUUGGCAUCGAAGAACCAGAUGGUCUCCAGGAGAUGCCAUCCCCACUUCCCCCACAGGACUCGCCCAAGAGGACGCAGUCGGCCCUAUGGCAGGCCACGCGGGGUACGGAACGGGCGUUGUCCGCGAAGGGUCUUCCUCAACCCGUGGACUGGCACAGCUAUGAUGCACCAACAGAGACCUCCCGUGCUAAGCCUCGGAUGCCUGUGCAACCUGCGCUGAUCGAGAGCGACAAUCUUUGGAUCCCGUCGCAGGUCGAGGCUGUGGAAUCAAAGUCGCCAAUGUGGUCCUUACCAAGCAGUGUGGAGUCCUCCCAACCAGCCUCGCCGAAGGAGACGCUAGAAGUGCCCCUAGCACGGGGGCUAUCGACGGAGCUUCCUGGCCUGAAGGAGCUGUCGAGGUCUAUUUCGACGACAGACUCGCUCUGGAAAGUGGAAGAGCAACCCCAGAAAGGCGAUCAUGGUGUCGGCCUGCCGCACCCGGACAACUGGGAGGCACUAGACAACACCAAGUCUACCGUCCGUGCAAAGCCUCGUCAAGCCGAGCCUGCUAUCAUUGAGAGCGGCAAUCUGUGGCAGACUUCCUCCGAUACUCGUCGUUCCAAAAAUUGGCUAGAAGCACCGACGCCAAUUGAGCCUAGCAAACCUCUGUGGGAAGUGGUCGAGAAGCCGAAGCGCGGCGAGCAUGCUAUCGGGCUGCCUCAUCCUGACAACUGGGAUGAGUAUGAUGGUGCCAAGCCUACUCUGCGUUCCAAGCCGAGACAGUCUGGUCCCGCCGUCAUCGAGAGCGUCAACCUGUGGCAGGCUCCUCCGGUCGAGCAGCCCGGUCCGAGGAACUGGUUGAAGCUACCAAGAGCAAUUGCUACCAGCCACAAUCUAUGGCAAGUGACUGCACGCCCGAAGAGAGGGGACCACUCUGUCGGUCUGCCUCAUCCCCAAAGCUGGGAUAGCUACGACAAUGUAACGGCAACAAUCAGGGCGAAGCCUCGACAAUCUGGUCCCGCCACUAUCGAGAGCGUCAACCUGUGGCACGCUUCUCCAAUUGAGAAGUCUGUACCGAGGAAUUGGCUGAAGCUACCAAGCCAGCGUCUCUGGCAGGCAACUUCGCGACCAAAGAGAGGUGACCACGCCGUCGGUCUGCCUCAGCCUCAGGAGUGGGAAAGCUACGAUGGUGUAAAGACGACUGCCCGGGCAAAGCCUCGACAGUCCGAGCCUGCUGUUAUUGAGAGCACCGACCUUUGGCAAGCUUCGUCAGGCGAGGCAACUACUUCGCCUUCCAAGUUGUGGGCACCGAGGACGCAGUCCGCUCCUGUGACGCGUGCUGCAUCCCCUGUCGUGGAUACUUUCAACCAGCCCGAGGCACCUAAGCUACUCUGGUCGGCACCAGUGUCACCCAAGCUGCUGGCUGACUCUGGCCUAUUCAAUCCCGAUGCCAGUCGCGCAGACUUCAGAAGGUCUUCUCAAGCUCCCGCCGCUGUUCACAUGGGCCGCAAGCCCCGCGCAGCAGACCGGAGGCCGGUUGACAAGCUGAACUCGACAACGCUUUGGGUCGCCGAUGUCGCGCCUCAGAUUGAACGCAACUGGAUCUCACCGAUGCCCAGCCCCAAGGAGAAAGCUUCCAGGAUCCCAGCCCCCAUUCUGAGGUCAGCAACUCUGGCUAGACGGCAGCAUCGAUCAGUUGCCGCUUCGCAAGUGGACUGGGACGCUGCUCUCCGACAAGCACUUGCAGCCAGCUACCCGGUGCCAUCGCGUAAGGCGACGACUUCCCAGCAGUGGGAUGCCGCACUCGACCAGGCUAUAGCUGCCAGCUACCCUGCCCCCUCUGUUCCAAGCCGCAAGAUGACUGGCCAGGCGAGUGCUGCGGACUGGGCCAGUGCUUUGGCUGAAGCUGUGUCAAAGAGCUAUGGCAAGCCUUUUGAUGUCUCAAGACGCCAUCCCGUAUUCGCCGCGUCAUCGUUGACCUCCAGUGCUAUGGUGACACACCCUGCUGCUGCUGGCUACACGUAUGAUGUUGCUGCUGUGCAUCCUGUCUUCUUCGGCUCAGGCAUUGCCACGUGCCCGGACGACAACUUUCACCCAGCCAUGGGCCGUUCGUGGACCACAACCGACAUUGAAUCAUCUGGCGAAACCACAACCGGGAGCACAGCCUUGAUUCCUACCUCUGCCGAUCACGCAGUGGAUGAGGAGGAAGAGUACUACGCAGAGAGUGAGGUGAUGAUGGACCCAGCACUGCUUGCACGAAUCGAGGCACUUGAGCAGGAGCGUCAGUUCGCGGAGCAGUGGGCGAGGAACUCUUUUGCACCUGUUGAUGUCACCCCCAGAACGCCACAGGCUUCAGUAGUCCCUCCCAGGGAGGAAGCACUGGAGGUGCCUCAGCAGGCCUUCGACUUUGAGUUCGAGCCCGUCGAUGUCACGCCGACCGUCCCACUCGCCCCUUUGACGAUGCCACACGCCGCCCAGGAGCCUGCCGCGGCACCAAUUGGCUCCGCGUUGGAGUCACCCGUGGUUCAGCGCCUCAAGCGCGCAGACACUUUCCAGUCUGUGUCCGAGAUGAGUGAGGCCGAGUCGUCGGUAGUCAGACUGAGGGAUAGCCUCGUGAGCUUGGAUACUCCUACGGAAAGGAAGCCUGCGGGAUCCAGUAUCAAAUUCAUCUACUGA